UGGGAAUUGGGAAACAGAGGAGGCGCCAACCAAGUUUUUUCUCCUCUCCUGGCUGUUAUUCAGAGUUUCCUUUAUUGGAUUUUGGACUAUAAAUACUUUAAUUAAAUAAGAAGUAAAAAGUCUCAAAUUCUCUCUCGCUCUCUCCAUACUUGAUGCUCGUCGGGAAAUUCGAUUUUACCGGCUUCAACGAUUUGUUUCAACGGACAUGAAUCCUAACGAUCCCAAGCAAGGCGGCGGGGGCGGCGGUUUUUUCUCGUCGCUCGCUUCGACCUUUUCGAGCUUUACCAAAUCUGUGAACAGUUCACAAGAUUAUGAAGGUCUGGAAGUUGUUAAUCCAGAAGGGGGCACUGAAGAUGCCGAAGAGGAAGCAAAGAGAGGAAGAUGGAAACAGGAGGACCAGGACAGUUUCUGGAAGAUGAUGCAGAAGUACAUAGGAUCAGAUAUUACAUCAAUGGUGACCCUCCCUGUGAUGAUCUUUGAGCCAAUGACAAUGCUCCAGAAAAUGGCAGAGAUUAUGGAAUACUCCCAUUUGUUAGAUCUGGCAGAUAAAUGUGAGGAUCCAUACAUGCGAUUAGUAUAUUCUUCAUCUUGGGCUAUAGCUUUAUACUAUGCCCUCCAACGAACCUGGAAGCCAUUUAAUCCAAUUCUCGGCGAGACUUAUGAAAUGGUCAAUCAUGGUGGCGUUACAUUUUUAGCAGAACAGGUUAGUCAUCACCCUCCAAUUGGUGCUGCACAUGCUGAAAAUGAGCAUUUCACAUAUGAUUUAACUUCAAAGGUGCGAACUAAGUUUUUGGGGAACUCGGUUGAGAUAUAUCCACUUGGAAGGACACGCGUGACCCUCAAAAGGGAUGGUGUAAUUCUUGAUUUGGUGCCGCCACCCACAAAAGUUAGCAACUUAAUCUUUGGACGCACUUGGAUUGAUUCACCAGGGGAGAUGAUCAUGACUAACUUGACUACAAAAGACAAAGUUGUGCUAUAUUUUCAACCUUGCGGUUGGUUUGGAGCUGGUAGGUAUGAAAUUGAUGGAUACGUGUAUAAUGCUGCUGAGGAGCCCAAGAUAUUGAUAACUGGGAAGUGGAAUGAGUCACUGCAUUAUCAAAACUGUGAUACAGAAGGUGAACCACUUCCAGGCACUGAACUAAAAGAGGUUUGGAGGGUUGCAGAUCCUCCAAAAAAUGACAAAUUCCAGUACACUCAUUUUGCACACAAGAUUAACAGCUUUGAAACUGCUCCCAAAGGAUUAUUGGCAUCAGAUUCUCGUUUACGUCCUGAUAGAUAUGCCCUUGAGAAGGGUGACCUAUCAAAAGCUGGGUUAGAAAAGAGCAGGCUGGAAGAGCAGCAGAGAGCUGAAAAGAGGAAACGCGAGGCUAAUGGUGAUCAAUUUACUCCAAAAUGGUUCAAUAUAACUAGUGAAAUUCAUCCUACGCCCUGGGGUGACUUGGAAGUGUGCGAGUACAAUGGCAAAUAUAACGAACAUCGGGCCGCCAUAGAUAGCUCCAACAGCUCGACAGAGAUUGAUGUCUCAUCAAUGGAAUUUAACCCCUGGCAGUAUGACACAGAGACCUCCAAUUAAGGUCUCUCAUUUUUAGACUGUAAUUUUAUUAAAUUGUAGUUUGCUCCUAUAGUUGUUGCCAGUCGGUCAUUAACAUCUUUGAAUUCUGAUGUUGUUUUGCUUCUACUUAUUUUGAAAUUUUCAGUGGUAUUAUUUCAUAAUCAGUAUUUUUUAUUUUUUUUUCAACA